CACUUUUAUUUAACAUUUACUUCUUUUCCCAUGAAGCUUCCGGACGAGCAUUUGAAGAGUUUAAACGUCUUUGAUGUUAUUAAAAAAUUAAACUCUAGAUGAUGCUCUCAAUUUAAGGAAUUUCAGUGUGUUUUUUUUUCAUUUGCAAGAUGAUCGGAGCUAUAGGAUUCGGAGUUCUGUUUGGAUUACUUCUUUCAGAUAUUUCAGUUCAAGGCGACAUAUGUGAACCUGGAUACUUUUUUAGGUUUGGAUGUAAAAGUUGUAAACAUCCUGGAUGUACCUGCACGCUUUCAACAGAUUGUGAUGCAUGUCUAGAAGGCUUCUAUAUGAACGGUGAUAUAUGCUCAAGAUGUCCAUUAAACUGCAAGACAUGUGCGAGCUCGAGCAGUUGCUCAUCAUGCGAUCCAGGUUAUUAUGGAUAUAUAUGUCAACAGGAUUGUGGUAGAGGAUGUCUACAUUCUAAGUGUGCAAAAAUAAAUGGGACAUGUUUAUGUCGGAGUGGUUUGUUUAGUGACGUUUAUUGCAAUACUUGUGUUCUAGGCAAAUUUGGACAUAACUGUGACCAUGAAUGUUUGGACUCGUGUAAUUCUUGUUUAAACUCGUCUAACUGUGAAUCAUGCAAGCCUGGUUUGUUUGGACAUAUAUGUGAACAUAAUUGUUCUGAAAAUUGUUACAAUUGCUCGCAAUCGGGACAAUGUUUGACUUGCAACACAGGACACACUCACCCAAGCCAAGCCUGUGUUUGCGAACAAAGCAAGUGCGCCACAUCUUACAACUGUGAUAAAUGUGUCAGCGACGAAUAUUUUCCUGACAAUGGGUCUUGCUGUCCCUGCUCAUUGUUACAACAUUGUAUAUCAUGCACAGUGUCUUCAAAUGGUACAAAGUGUGUUGUAUGUGGAGAAGGAUACUAUCCGAACGAACAUGGUUAUUGUUUCAAUUGUAGCGUUACGUGUAUUGAAGGACAAUGCGAUUCAGUUUCGGGUAAAUGCAAAAAAGGAUGCACUGACGGCUACUUCGGUAAGCUUUGCAAACAGAGAUGCCAAGACUCAUGUUACAAGUGCAAUCGAUAUAGUGGAGAGUGUUUAGAGUGUGUUUCAAAUCUAAACUAUGGACCGAACUGUAACAAACAUUGCAGUGAGACUUGCGUUGACAAGAUGUGUGACAUACUUGGAGUAUGUACCAAAGGAUGUUCAGAAAACUACUUUGGAGUAAUGUGCGAAAAUGAAUGUGACAAACAUUGUAUCCAAAUUACAAUAGGCACAAUGUGUUCAUCUGAAAAUGGAGAGUGUCUCCACGGUUGCACUGCUGGCUACAUCGCAGCUGUUUGUCCUAAAGCUCCACAAGCAUCCUUCUUAGGUCCUUCACAUCGCAAUGACUUAAAAAUUGAGACAAUGCUUACCCCCUAAUGAAAAACAGAUUACCAGUAGCUCGAGAGUAGUCGCUCUUGGUGGAGGUGUUGGUGGUGGUGUGUUAGCAAUGCUAGCAACCUUUGCCGUAAUCGCAUUCAUUUUUAAAAGGAAAAGGCGUGCUCAAAAUAGUAACGAUGAAACAAAAGCGUUUACUACUGAUCAAAAUGACGAACAGCAGGUGGAUUCAUCAUCGGUCUAUGCGACUGUGAAUAAAACCACAGUUGUUCAACCCGAUGUUAUUUAUGUGAAUACUGCUGAGGGUCUCCCACAUGUUACCGUUAUUUCCAAUCAAACUCCGCCAGAGAAGAAAAUUAGCGCCGAAAGUAUUAUCACUGACGACAAUCUUGAAAUGGAUGACGAGGACGCUAUUGCACGGGAAAAUGCUAUUAGGUUUGAAGAAAAUGGAGGAGUGUAUUACAACAAUGCGAAUGAGGUUAACAAAAUCAAAGUUAAAGUUGAGGAGUUACCUGCGUAUGUUACAGCAAAAACGAAAUGCUCGUAUGUGGAUGAAUUUGAGAGAUUCCCAUACGGUCUUACUAAACCGUUUGAAGAUUCUCAAAAGGCCAGCAAUAUGUCACGAAACAGAUAUAAAGGAAUUUACCCGUAUGACGACUCACGUGUGAAGGUUUGGUACAGUGAAUCUGAUUACAUAAACGCAAGCUUUAUUGAUGGUUUCAAGAAAAGAAAUGAAUACAUUGCAACUCUAGGUCCGAUGUCAAAGCAACUUGGAGACUUUGGAUUGUUUUGGGAAAUGAUCUGGCGGCAGAAAGUUGAAAAGGUCGUCAUGGUUACAAAUUUAAUUGAAGAAAAGAAAGUAAAAUGUGACCAAUAUUGGCCGAAUGUUGGUUCGUCUUCUCGUUACGGAAACUUUACCGUUACUUGUCUGUCAGAGGAUUCGUAUGCUGAAUUUACAAGACGAACAUUUCAAAUAUCUCAGAAAUCCGAGGAGAGAAAGCUUCACCAUUUUCAUUUCACGUGCUGGCCUGACAGAGGUGUCCCGGAAGAUGUCACCUCUCUGAUAGAGUUCCGGCAGUUGGUCCUAAACUGUUCGACAAAGCUGAAUGGUCCGACAGUGGUACACUGCAGUGCGGGCGUUGGACGAACCGGCACAUAUAUUGCUCUCGACAUUUUGACAAAGGAAGGAGAAGCGGAAGGAAGCAUUGACGUUCCCGGAUGUGUGCUCAACAUGCGCCAAAACAGGCCAAACAUGAUCCAAACUCUGGGACAGUAUCAGUUUCUGCAUAGAGCUCUUGUUUAUUCACUGACGUUGGACUGUAACCCGGUGAAAGGGGAGCGUUAUCAGCAAUUCGUGGACAGUCUAAGUGACACUGUUAAGGCGAAAAUGUUUCAGCAAACCCAGUUCACUGCAGGACAAUAUUCAGAGGAAGAAUCUGAAGCAAUUGAAAGAAACAAAAAACUCAAGGGCAAAAACAGAGCAAAUGCUGACAUUCCAGGUGACGAGAACAGACCUCGGCUGAAUAAAUGCAGCAAAGAGGGCGGAUCUGAUUACAUUAAUGCUGUUUUUAUAAACGGUCAUAGGACGAAGAACCGCUUCUUAGUUGCACAAACACCUUUACCAGAGACAGUCGGUGAUUUCUUGACGCUUAUUUAUCAACAGUCUUGCUCGUGUAUUGUCAGCUUUAAAAUGGACAUUGGAAAUAAUAAGAGCGUGGGCUCAUAUUUCCCUGCUGACAAACAAGUGUUAAAGAAGGGGGCGUUCAGCGUAAAAUGUUUACUGCAAGACGUGCAUGUCGGUUACACAAAUAGAACUCUGAUGUUUGGAUACACGGGCCAAAAUAAGGAGACAAUCGAAAUAAGCAUUCCUCAACUAGAGUUCACUGCCUGGGAUAGUUCGAAAAAUACUCCAAGAUCCGCAUCAGUGUUUCUGGACUUCAUUAACGAUGUUGAGGAGGCAUCACGAACAUCAACAACUGGGGGACCAAUUCUUAUUCACUGCAUUGACGGAGCAAGCAAGAGCGGUGUGUUCUGUGUUGUUUCCUUGCUCUUACAAAAGAUGGCCGUUGAACACGAGGUCAGUGUUGUUAAUGCUGUCAUGAAGGUCAAGGCCAGACGAAGACUUGCUAUCCCAACCCAGUCACAGUUCGAGUUCUGCAAUGAGUGUGUUCUAGCGUAUAUACAACAUGUACCCAAACUUUGGAGAAACACAUAAGGAUACCAUUAGUGUCUUCUAACGUACAAUUCGUCUUUUGAAUACAACAUGUAUUCGAACUUCGUGGGAAUACAUUGAAAUAUCAUCAGUGUGUUCAACCGUACAUCAAAUCGUUUAAAUAUAAUAUUCACUCAUACAGUGGAGAAAGAUUUUAAGAUAUGUUUUCAUUUUGUCUACUCCAAUAUUUCGAGGGCAGACACUCAGAUUGUAUUUAGCGUACAUCAAAUCAAAAUUGUUCAAAGCAAUUUAUAUUCCAUUUGUUUUUACUGGUAUGUUCAUAUCGUACCCAUAAAUGUAUAUUUAUAUAUUCAACACAAUACUUAUCUUGUAUAUAAAGUGUAUACGUAUAACACAUUUAAAUGUACAGCAUUUACAUUAUUUACUGGUCACGGUUUUGCUCAACUUUGCUGCAAACAAUAUAAAUAUUCACAUCAUUGAGAAUUAAGUACAGUACUUAUCGAAAUAUCACUUUUGCAUCUGAUGAAUAUUUCAUUUUCAAAAUAAAAGAUGGUCCUCGCUGUGACAAGGACCAAUACAUUUACAAUUCAUCUACGGUUUGAACAUUUAUAUCUUUAGACCAUUAUAAUAUUUAUUUUAUAAUAUUAGGGAUAAUAAUACUUUAUAUUACAAGUCAAACCACGUAGACAAAAUUUCUAGUUUUCUUCGAAUGUAAAAGGUAUGAAGAGUCAAGAAAGUGCUUGUAUUCUAACAACUUUGAAUGUGAUAUGUGCCAUGCUAAACUGUCUGUUUAUAGUAGAACUGAAAGAAUCAUCGUAUUCAGACACAAACUCUUACUUAGUAAAAAGGCUGUUUGUAUAAUCCCAUAUUUGUCAUAAUAUGUAUAUAUAGUA